UCUCUGUCUCUGCAGCGCGAGACACCGGAGCGGAGCGGACCGCAGCGGACCUGCCUGGCACCGGGAAUCGAACCCGCGUCCCCUCAGACCUCCUGCAGCCUGAGAUGAGCAGAUGAUGUGAGCUUCAUGAGCCGUGCACGCCGCUCCCCCCCGGCUGUGUCACUGUGGCGGAGAGGGACCCAGCAGGAAGCCUUCGCUCCGCCUGAUCGCAGUGUUUUCCUUGUGUCUUCACCACAGACAGACUCUGGUUCAGGAGCAGAAGAAACCCCUCCUGCAGGACUCCCCGCCUGCUGUCAGAUCCAGAAAGCCCUCGCCUCCACCGACCUGCCUUGCGUGGGACGCAGUGGAGCGGAGGAGCGUGGGAGGAGAUUUGAUGGGCUUUGUGAAUCAUGGGGGGUUCAGUCUUCACCUGCUGUUAUGUCCCGCCCCCCCCUCCAGGCGAGGAGGAGGAACCCAGCGGGUCGGAGGUCGCCAUGGCCUCCCACGUCUCCCCGGACAAGCGCUUCCUCAUCUUCUUCGACUUCGACGAGACCAUCGUGGAUGAGACCAGCGACGACCAGGUGGUGCAGACGGCGCCGGGCCAGCACCUGCCCGCCUGGCUGAAGGACACCUACCAGCCGGGCCGCUACAACCAGUACAUGCAGCGCGUGCUGGCCUACCUGGCCGAGCAGGGCGUGACCGAGAGCGACAUCCGCGGCGUCAUGGAGAAGAUCCCCGCCACGCCCGGCAUGCUCAACCUCUUCCAGUUCCUGCGCGCCCGGCCGGCGCAGGACUUCGAGGUGGUGCUGGUGUCGGACUCCAACACCUUCUUCAUCGAGUCGUGGCUGCGGCGCAACGGCGCCCGCCAGCUCUUCCACCGCGUCCUGUCCAACCCGGCCACCUUCAGCCGGGACGGCCGGCUGGUGCUGCGGCCGUUCCACGCCCACGACUGCCCGCGCUGCCCGGAGAACAUGUGCAAGCAGGUGAUCGUCCGGGACUACGUGGCCCGCCGGGCGCAGGAGCGCGGCCGCCCCUACCAGAGGGUCUUCUACGUGGGCGACGGCGCCAACGACUUCUGCCCGGCGCUGGCCCUGGGGCCGCGGGACGUGGCCUUCCCCCGGAGGGACUUCCCCAUGCACAAGCUGAUCACCGAGACCCACGAGGCCCGGCCGGGCGAGUUCAAGGCCGUCACGGUGCCGUGGGAGAGCGCCGAAGAGGUGGCGCAGCGUCUGAGGAAGCUGGUGGCCGAGUAGAGGGCUGCUCGCCAUCUUUCUGACAUGGAGACCCAGACUGGCGCUGCAGCUGACACAAAUAUCAUGUUCUCAGGUUAACUAAGAAGAAAUAAGACCCAGAAACCAGUAUUCAAGGCAAUAUCCCCACGUGUGCCGCCUGUAAACAUGGCGUCCUGCCAGCACGUGCCUUAGCCCCUCCGCCGGCCGUCUGGAGGUCACAACACAGACAGGUUAAUGAUUAUGGAGGGCUCAACUUUCACACAGAGAGAGAGAGAGAGAGAGAGAGAGAGAGAGAGAGAGAGAGAAAACGUGAGAAAUCUGAUGCUCAGUCUGAUGAGAG